GAAUUUUCAUUUAUUGUGCAAUAUGGACGAUUUGCAUAAAUAUAGCGAUGCAGAAGAAGAUGAAAAGGAAUUGGAAAAGUCGGAGUGGCAGGAGGAUUUUAAAGCACUGACGGUCGGGCAUGAAAUGUUUAAGGAUAUAAAGUUAACAGAAAAUGAAGCCAUAGAUGAUUUAGGCGAGAAAGUUAUAAAUGAGGCUGAAGAGGAAGAGGAGGACUAUGCAUAUGAAUCUGGGGAUGACGAUUAUGAUUUGCACGAUGAUUAUGAUGCCUAUGAGGAAACUUACAGUGGUUUUAACAAACACAAUGCACAGCCCCAGUUAACAACUGGAGGCGGCGUCGGCGCUAGCAAUGCUGGCUCAACUGGUGGCGCACAGCGCGUAAGCAACUAUCAACCCAAUGAGAAGGUGCUACGGCGUUACUCAGCGCGUAUAAAUGUAGAAAAGUAUGAUCCAAAUGCCAAAAUGAGUGCGCAAGCUGCAAAUCGUUUGGUCAGCUUCGAUCGUCGGCAGGAGACAGAACGUGUGCGCGUUCGUGAUAAGCAUGAUCGUGCUACAGCGGAGCAGGUAAUGGAUCCACGCACACGCAUGAUACUCUUUAAGCUGCUUAAUCGUGGACUUAUACAAGAGAUCAAUGGCUGCAUAUCCACAGGAAAGGAGGCAAAUGUUUACCAUGCUGUCUCGAAGAAUGGUGAGGAUGAGUAUGCUAUAAAAAUCUACAAAACGUCUAUACUGGUGUUUAAGGAUCGAGAUAAGUACGUGUCUGGCGAGUUUCGCUUCAGGCAUGGCUACUGCAAGCACAAUCCACGCAAGAUGGUCCGCACCUGGGCAGAAAAGGAGAUGCGUAACUAUUUGCGUAUGCGCAAUGCUAAUGUGCCCGUUCCGGAGCCAAUACUGCUUCGUUCUCAUGUGCUGGUCAUGCGUUUCUGUGGCAAGGAUGGUUGGCCUUCACCCAAGCUUAAAGACGUGGAGAUCAGCACAUCGAAGGCGCGUGAGCUCUAUCGGGAUUGUGUGGUCAUCAUGUGGCGUAUUUACAAUCAGUGUCGUCUUGUGCAUGCCGAUCUGUCCGAAUUCAAUAUACUCUACCAAGAUGGUCAGCUGAUCAUCAUUGAUGUUAGUCAAUCUGUGGAGCAUGAUCAUCCACAUGCAUUUGACUUUCUGCGUAAAGAUUGCACGAAUAUAUCGGAGUUCUUCCGCAAAAAGUCCGUGGCUACCAUGACAGUCAAGGAGCUGUUUGAUUUUAUCACAGAUCAAACUAUAACGGAGCAGAAUAUGGAGCAGUGCCUGGAAAGCAUUUCCGAACGCAUCAAGGAUCGCGAUUUCGAUGCUAUAACAGCGCAGGAAAAGAUUGAUGAGGCAGUUUGGCAAAAUACAUACAUACCAAAACGUUUAGAUGAGGUGCCGCAUUUUGAGCGUGAUGUAACGAAAGCCAAGCAAGGUGUGCAGCAGGAUCUGGUAUACGCUAAGAUUACAGGACUAACAUCAGCCUUGAGUGUGCAGCAACAGCCUGAUGUGCUGCAUAAAGAAGGCGAGGAGAAUGAAGAGGAGGAGCACUCCAGUGCAGACGAAAGCGGUGAUUCUGAUAAUGAAGACGAAGAGAACCCCAAGUUUAAGAACUCGGCUCGUCCUAGAGACGAAUCACCAGAAAGCAAGAAAGCUCGUAAGAAGGCUGUAAAGGAUGCAAAAGCAGAGCAGCGUAAAGUAAAAGUGAAAAAGCAUGUGAAGAAACGCAAAGAGAAACUAGGCAGCAUGAAAAAGUAAAUGUAAAUUCGAUACAAAAUUUAUUUGUAUAAGCUCGAACAUAGUUAAGUAACUGCCGAUUAGUAACUUGUAAAUAAUUUCAAAUCU